GUCAAAAUCUCCCACAGUUGUUCUGUGUCUUGAUGCAAGUCUGUUUGAGACUUUGAGACACACCAAGUUCCCCUUUUAACAUCUGACUGCCUAAUACCCACCCGGAGAUGUGCCAUGGCCAGAUACCUGGUGGGGGGUUACCUGUCUGCAGAAGUGGUGGUGAACAUGUUCAGCAAGGCGGUCAUGGAAACGGUGAACUGGCCGGCAAUCAGCAGCACUUUGGACUGUCUUGUCAGACCUGUUCUAGGAGGACCAGAUCUGAAACUGGAGAUCUGGUGUGUGUCUGCUCUUAGCAGCUGCCUUUCUGUUUGUGGACAUAUUUUUAUCACUACAAGUGUUGUGACUAACAGAAAUCUUUUGUUGUUUUGUGUUCUUUUGUUGUGUUUUAGGCCUGGAAGUGAAGAAGCAGCUGAACGCUGCCAUCAGCCCCUGUUCAUUUCUGUGUUGCCCAUCCUGAGGGAGGGGGACGUGGUCCUGACAGCUCAGCCUGAGCUCACCUCUCCCUGGGUGAAUGCCUGGCGUCUUUCCCUUUACCCCUGCGAGACUCAGCGUCUGGUUCAGCUCGACUCAACUGAUGACGGCUGCCGCAGACAAACAGUUAAAGUCCUGAUGGCCGUGUGUCGACUGAACCCUGCACUGCGAGCGCUGGAGGCCGCCCCGCUGACCAACCUUGUCCUGCACCUCAGUGACAGUGAGUGCGACUGGUCCCAGAACAGCCUCCAUGCGCGGUUCCAGCAGUGCAUUGCAGAGCUGAUUGGCUACCUCGAGCAAGGCGUGUUGCAAAGUUACUUCAAACCAGCCGUCAACCUGUUGAGCAACUUGUCAGAAGACCAGGUGGACCAGAUUGGAUUCAUUCAUAUUGCUCAUAUAACCUUUUGUUCACUUCUCCCAUGGAAUGAAAAAAAAAGCAAAACGUUACGGUGAUUAAAAGGUCGACAUCGUCCACUGAUGUCAGCAGCUAAACUCCAGACCUGAUUGUUAAACUAGUCAGAAGAGACGUGCCAAGAAACAGAUUGAUGCAAAAGUUCAACACAGUGUUGUAUACGAUGUGCAUUUAAUUUUUAUGAAAAUCUUCCAUAAAUAAAACUACAUACAUUUAAAUAAAUUAUUUAUCAUAAAGAGAGUGCAAUUUUUAUUCAAG